AAUAUCGUCAUAGCUAAAAUAGUAUACGCAUAUAAUAAUUUGGUUCUGAUAACAUUAAGCUAUACUGAUAUUAUCACUGACUCAUACUAAAAUUUAAGCGAUAUGCUAAAAUUUUAAGCUCGUGCUGACUACGGUUGUACAUGAAAUUGCGCAUGCUUUGAGUGGCUUGAAAAUAUAUUGGCGAUAUGCAAAUCGCGAGUACAGGAAUAAUUAUAGUCUCUGUCCACUGUCAGGUAGGGAGAAGAAAAUAAGCAAUAUUCGUUUAUAAAAGGACUGCAAUGUGAUCAGCGUCGUCUUUUGCUUUUAAAUUCACCCCUAUUUUGGUUAAUUCUCGAAUAUCUCAGUGAUGCCAUAUAAGUGUGCUUGUAACUAAAGAAACUAAAAAAACCUGCAAUAUUUUUUUCGAAAAAUAGUGAUCGUUCGAAAGUCUAAAUGCGUGUGCAUCUAUUGUUGAUUUUGUUCUUCGCGAGCACUAUCUUAGCGCGAAAUGCUAGAAAUAGAAGGGAUACUGAUCUGACUACAUUUAAACUUCCUGUCAUUUCUACAACUGAGGCUUAUGAUGGAAAUAAAACAACGGAUGUUACUGGAGAUAAUUCUGAUGUAACUAAUUGUGGAAAUAAUAUUUUCAAUCAGCCAUUAAGAAUGAUAUUGAACCUUAUUAAAUCAAUAAUAUUAGGAACUAAGAAUAUAUUAUCAACAUUUUCAAAAACACUAAAUUCAACGAGUGACUUUAUAGUACGCGCUAUGCAGCAACCGUUUAAUGAAAUAUUAAGUAUGAUAAUCAGAAUCUUCAAGUGGAUAUACCCAUAUUUAUAAUUAAAAAAUGGU